GAAAAAUGAUGGCGGCGUCCACGGAGCUGGCGCUGCUGGAGCGCUGGUUGGGGCUGCCCGGGCGCCAGUUCGGGGCGCGGGGCGAGCGCGGGGUGCCUGUGCUGCAGACCCACGAGGGCCCCAGCCUGGCCGGCCUGAGCACCAUCGCAGCACACCUGGUACGCCAGGCCAACCAGGAGCACCUGCUAGGGAGCACCGCCGAGGAGAAGGCCUUGGUGCAGCAGUGGCUGGAGUACAGGGUCACGCGCCUGGAAGGCCAAGCCAGCAAGGAGGACACACGGGCGCUGCUGAAGGACUUGAACUCAUACCUGGAGGACAGAGUCUACCUGGCCGGGCACCACCUCACGCUGGCUGAUGCACUGCUCUACUAUGGCCUGCACCGUUUCUUUGUGGAGCUGACGGUGCAGGAGAAGGAGACGUACCUCAACGUGUCGCGGUGGUUCUGUCACAUGCAGCACCUCCCGGGCCUACGGCAGCAGCUGCCCACCGUGGUCUUCAUCAGGAACCGGCUCUACGUGCCUGUGCACUAGGGCUGCCCUCGCCACACUGUCC